AAAAAUAAAUAAAGUAAACCUUUACUGCAUUUUGGAACUCCAACUUCUCCAGCGUGUCCGUCCGUUAGAAAUCAUAAAAAACAAUUUUUAUUACUUAUUAAUUAUACAUAAUUAUUUGAAAAGCUGUUUUUUGAGUUAGACAGUACAAGGCUCGUCAGGUUUCUUAUUGUAAUUUACGUAAGGUUUUGUUGUCACGAAGUAAUAUUUCCUUCCAGCUUUAUUUGAGCUAGAAAAACGAAACAUUUAAUCUUCAUUCUUACUGACAUUCAAUUUCUAAUUGAUUGAGUAUCUUUUAAGUACAAUACUCUGGCUAAAAUUCUUUACCACCCCGUAAUUGCUUUGCUUCAAUUCACCACUCACUCCAUUUUCGAGUUUUUCCGUUAUAGCACAGGGAAACGCUCUUCUUAUGAUCGAAACAUAUUCAGAUAGCUAAUUAUAUCUGAUAAAUUGUAGUUGAUGCUCAUAUCUAGUCUUGCAAGGUCAUCUGCGAGACUUGUGCAAUCUCACGGGCUUCGAUUAGUACCUGUAUUCAACUGUUCAUCAACUCUUUAUGGAAUAGGAGAAAGAAAUAAUUGUCGGCAAAUUUAUACCUUGAAUGGAACGCCUUUGGUUAGACAUGAAGGAAAUGAUCAAACUCGUCUUUCUACAGACCAAAUCUUUCGCGCGUUUCGCGUCCAGAAGCGUCUUUUAGAAUUAGGAGGAUGUUUUCGAUUAUAUUCGACUGAAAUCCCUUCAAAACCGCGUAUACCUCCUCCUCCUCCUCCUCCUUUAUUACCUUCUACCUCAUUGAAACCGCCAAGAAAACCUUUGCUUACCCGAUUUUUUUCUAGGAUAAAGAAUGUUCUUUUUAGACAAAACAAAUUUUUAACGCUUGAUAAUGUUACUGCUUUUUUCAGCUGGUGGCUCGUCAGUCAUCUUGUUUGGAUCAUCCUUGGAACGACUACUUUCUUUUCUAUAUUGUUGUACACACUUAAUUCAGUCUCGACUCAGGAAUAUUUUGGAAAAUGGAUUGGCCAAUUGAUGACAAAAAAUACUGGGUUUGAAGUUGUCUUUGAAAGCGCAAUCGUACCUAACUGGAGAAAAGGUUUAAUUACAUUUAACAAAAUUCAGGUUCGAAGACGACCGGAAGCUUCAUCAACAAGUUUAGAAAAGUCCUCAGAUAGGCCUGACUAUGAAGAAAAAUAUAUGGCGCUACGGCAAAAAUUUGAUUACGAAUCAUCACCUUCGGUGUCUGAAGAUCUUUCUGUGUUGAAGCAAGGAAACUAUACCCAAUUUGACUUGUCGAUAGACAAGGCUGAUGUUUCUUUCAGUUUUGCAAGGUUUCUGAAUGGAAAAGGAAUUGUUAAAGAGCUUGUCAUAAGCGGAGUUCGUGGUGUUGUUGAUCGACGAUUUGUUCAGUCGGAUCUUUCAAUAGAUCCUAGGUCAUAUAGAAGACAGCAUAAUUGGGGAGAUUUUGAAAUUGAACGCUUCAAACUAGAAGACUUGAGAGUUACGCUUUUGCAACCCGAUAAUUUUAGACCAUUUCCUGUUAGCGUAUUUUUCUGUGAACUUCCCAAGCUAAGGAAACAAUGGCUAUUUUAUGAUGUAAUGAAUGCCACAAAUUUGACAGGAAGUUUUGAUAACAGCAUGUUUACGGUACACAGAUUGCAGCUCAAACCUGCUUCGCCCUAUAUGAAACCGUAUGAACAAUCACCAGAUAUGCGACAUAGCAGACUUAGAAUUGAUAAUCUUGCUAUUGACCAUUUAAAUCGAGGGGUUUCCGGAGCCUUUGGGUGGAUUAACGAUGGAGCAGUUGACUUCUCAGUUAACAUAUCUUGUCCAUUAGAACAUGCUCAAAGUUCAUUGAAGCGUUACAUAAAUCAAGUUUUAGUGAAUGCUAAAUUGACAGAAAAGAAAGAAUAUCCAGUUCCAGAUGUAUAUUUUGAUGUGGAUGUUCAAUUGCAUAAUCCAAAAGCGGCUAUACCCAUUUUUACAAAUCAGAUGGGCUACGUGAAUAAUGCCUUACUUCGACCGAUCGUUGCUUACAUUAAUUCUACCCGUACCUUUAUUCCUAUUAUGUGCCAUUUAUCGAAACCGUUGUCAGACUUUGAUGGGAGCUGGACCUUUUAUGAUAGUGGUGUACUGCAAGAAAUAUCUUCGCAGGUAAGUAUGACCCUAUUUGGAUCUGUAAAAAGAAAAUUAUUUCCAAGAAGUCCAUAGGACAUUGUAGGUAUAUGAUUCAUUCGCAGAAGACGUGGUUAAUCAGGAGCUUCGAAGGAAAAGAAUUCGUAAAGUUGGGUAUUGGAGUUUACAAAGUAUCUUACGUCUCAUUCUAUUGUCAUUACAGGAGUUAGCUCCUACUCCAGCGCCAGUCUCACAGGCCAGUUAACAGUUAAACAUUACGGACAUUUUGAAGAUUAUAAUAAUGAAAAACACUGCAUUACAGGUACAUUAGGAAGAAUGUCAUCUGAAAGGAAAUAUGAAUUUUUUUUCUGUUUGUAAAAUAAAAAUCCUCUUCUAGUUUUUUGAUCAAUAAUAUUUAUUAAUCAUAUUCAUGAUGACCUUGGUUCCACUUGGAUUUUGAUAGAUAUACAAGCAUCAAUCGUCCAGCCUUUUUUUUGGGUUUAUAGAAUAUAGAAACGGAAUAAAGACAUUGAUACUAAGAAGGCAUCAUACAUUGAGUCAUGUAGUCUUGCGAUAAAGAAAUUGAAUUAAAGUGAGAAAAAUGAAGAAAUAAUACCUAUAACCAAUUACACUGUGUUAAUUUUAUGCUGAAGACUUUUGAAAGGCGAUUUCGGUUCGAUUUUUCUGGUUUUCCUCUCGCUUUCUGAUUAAAUCCUCUUGUGCCUCUCGUAGCGAUUUCGCAUAGGCUGAGUUGGGAAGACAUUGAGGUAUCCAAGUAGCGGAAGGCAUCAUGGAUGCCAUAGGAUUAGAUAUACCCGCAUACUCUUGCAGAGUAUCUAACAACUGAGGAUUUAAGAAAUUCUCAUUUUCCACAAGGCGAGCAUGGAAGUGCACAUUUUUCCUUUUCAAUUCUAAGAAUUGUUUUAUUUUUUUCUCCAAGAAGCUAUCACUAUCUCCUUUUGGUGACGAAGGGAAACGCCAAUUAUUCAUUUCUGAUGGUGCCCAUAAUGAUUCCUCAUUCUCUAUAUCCUGAGCUUCUUUCUCUUCGUCUGAUUCGUAAUUUACUAACGACAUGAUUCCUUGCUGAGGGAAAAUAAGUAUACAAUAUAUAUAUAUUAUUUCACCUGCUGAUCAUGAAUAGACAUAGUAUGCUAUCCUUUGGUGGAGUAGUUCUAUUCUACAGUCUAAAAGAUUCAGUCAAAGUCUAUGCUUUUUUUCCUUGUUAAGUAAUC